AUGGAGAUUUCGGAGAGAGUGAAAGCUCGAUUAGCUAUUCUAUCUGCGCAUUUGGCGGUGUCUGAUUCCGUCGGAUUGGAACAGGUGUUACCGGCGAUCGAGCCAUGGUGCACAUCGGCUCACACCAGUGCUCCGCCGAAUGGAUCGGUGCUUAAAGGAAGCUUGACGAUCGUCGAUGAACGUACGGGAAAGAAAUAUCAGAUUCCGGUAUCAGAGGAUGGUACCGUAAAAUCCGUUGAUCUCAAGAAGAUAACGACGGGGAAAGAUGACAAGGGGCUUAAAUUAUACGAUCCUGGUUACUUGAACACGGCUCCUGUUCGAUCUUCGAUUUGUUACAUCGACGGAGAUGAAGGAAUCCUAAGGUAUCGAGGAUACCCAAUUGAAGAGUUGGCUGAGAGCAGCACUUUCAUUGAGGUUGCUUAUCUCCUCAUGUAUGGGAAUCUGCCUUCUCAAAGUCAGCUAGCUGAUUGGGAGUUUGCUGUUUCUCAGCAUUCAGCUGUCCCACAAGGAGUAUUGGAUAUCAUUCAGUCAAUGCCUCAUGAUGCACACCCAAUGGGUGUUCUCGUGAGUGCAAUGAGUGCACUUUCCAUCUUUCAUCCUGAUGCAAACCCUGCUCUUAGGGGCCAAGAUAUUUACAAGUCAAAACAAGUUCGUGAUAAACAGAUUGUUCGUAUUCUUGGAAAGGCUCCAACAAUUGCAGCCGCUGCUUAUUUGAGGAUGGCAGGCAGGCCUCCUGUUCUUCCUUCUGGCAACCUUUCUUAUGCAGAGAAUUUUCUCUAUAUGUUGGAUUCAAUGGGCAAUAGGUCUUACAAGCCUAAUCCUCGUCUGGCUCGAGUGCUGGACAUCCUCUUCAUACUGCAUGCUGAACAUGAAAUGAACUGCUCUACUGCUGCUGCUCGGCAUCUUGCCUCUAGUGGUGUUGAUGUGUACACUGCUGUUGCUGGAGCUGUUGGAGCGCUUUAUGGUCCACUUCAUGGUGGUGCGAACGAGGCUGUGCUUAAGAUGUUAUCAGAGAUUGGGACUGUUGAAAAUAUUCCAGAGUUCAUCGUAGGCGUGAAGAACAGAAAGAGGAAGAUGUCAGGUUUUGGACACCGUGUUUACAAAAACUACGACCCGAGAGCAACAGUCAUCAAGAAAUUGGCGGAUGAAGUGUUCUCCAUUGUUGGAAGGGAUCCUCUGAUCGAGGUAGCAAUUGCUCUAGAGAAGGCGGCACUUUCUGAUGAAUAUUUUGUUAAGAGAAAGCUUUACCCAAAUGUUGAUUUCUACUCUGGAUUAAUCUAUAGGGCAAUGAAAGUCCCAAUAGAAAUCGUGGCAGUGCCGCGUAUGGUUGGAUACUUGGCACACUGGUAUGAGUCGUUAGAUGAUCCUGACACUAAGAUCACGAGACCACAACAGAUCUAUACUGGAGUAUGGCUAAGGCAUUACGAGCCAGUGAGAGAAAGAACUAGUAUCAGGUGA